AUGGAGGUAUCAUCUCUGCAGCCAAGACCAGCCAUUCCCCACCAGGAGGACAUCUAUUUUGCCUCCAGGGCCCAGGGGAUGCUGAUAGAGCAGCCCCCAUCAUCGCAGUCCUACUCUCAAUAUCAGUGCUGCCAUUCUUGCCUAUAGGGUGAUAAGGAUUCCACUCAGCAAAAUGUGAGUGCCUUCUACAUCCACUUGCAGACUUUGCAGAGCAUGGCCAUGACCUGGGAGACUGAGGCCAUCUUCCAGCUGGUCAUUAGGAAGCCCUGCAUCCAUGAAGCCUAGUUCAUCAAGAAGUAGAGCAGGAAAAGCUUUUCCUUUGAGAUGAUUUCCAACACUGACCUGUGCUGGGACCUGGAAACCAGCAAAAACAACUGCUAUCCAGAACAGGAUGACCUGAAACCACUGGGCCUUCAGAGAGCUGCCUACAAGAGCUGUGUGGCCUGUUGCCUGGGCUUCCCCAUAUUGGAGGUGCUGCUAGAGCAGGCCCAGUAUGGCAGCCAAGAGGGUUUUGGCUAGAUAGUUUUUGAGGAGAUCCUGGAGAGAAGCUGAGUGCAGGGCAAAGAGCAGAAGAAAGAGGAACAGAGCCCUUCAGACAGAAGUGAAAGUCCAAGGCCCCACAGCAGGCACUUUCACAGCAGUUGCGGAAGCAAUGAGCUGGAGUGA